AGGGUUCGGAAGACGAUCUGCGGUCUGGCCCUAAACCCUGAACCCUAGUGGGCGUGAUUUCGACGGGAGGGCUGAUUUCGACGGAGCGACCGUGCUUGCGUGCGAGCGAGCGAGCUGGAUUCUCACAAUCGAGAGGGCAAGGUGCUUUCGGGAAUUAACAAUUUGAAGAUUUGACAGAAGCGAUUGGGAGAAAUGAUACGGCGGACGACGAGGUUGCGGAGGGAGUACUUGUACCGUAAAAGCUUAGAGGGCAAAGAACGCACUCUCUAUGAGAAAAAGCGCAAGAUCAGACUUGCUCUCGAAGAGGGAAAGCCUAUACCGACCGAACUGAGAAAUGAAGAGGCAGCUCUUCGAGAAGAAAUCGAUCUUGAAGAUGAUAACACAGCAGAACUUCGAACUCAUAUUGACGACGAGUAUGCGCAUGCUGAUGAGAAGGACCCGAAGAUACUGUUGACUACUUCUAGGGAUCCGAGUAGCAGAUUAACGCAGUUUGUCAAGGAAUUAAAAAUUGUGUUCCCCAAUGCUCAACGUAUCAAUCGUGGAGGCCAGGUUAUAUCUGAGAUUGUGGAGUCAUGCCGUUCACAUGAUUUUACGGAUAUUAUAAUGGUCCACGAACAUCGUGGAGAGCCUGACGGCCUAAUCGUGUGUCAUCUACCCUUUGGGCCAACUGCUUACUUUGGGCUACUCAAUGUGGUGACAAGACAUGACAUCAAGGACAAGCAAACUCUAGGAACGAUGUCCGAAGCGUACCCUCAUCUAAUUUUGGAAAACUUUUCCACCAAGCUUGGACAACGAACAGCGAACAUUCUGAAAUACUUAUUUCCAGAACCGAAGGCGGAUACCAAACGAAUUAUUACUAUGGCCAAUUCGGCCGACUACAUCUCUUUCAGACAUCAUGUUUAUGAAAAGCCAGCCGGUGUGAAGUCUAUUGAACUCAAAGAAGUCGGUCCCAGAUUCGAAUUACGAUUGUAUCAGAUAAAAUUAGGAACUAUGGAUCAAGCCGAAGCACAGAACGAGUGGGUCAUACGACCGUAUAUGAACUCUUCUAGGAAGAGAACAGCUCUUUGAAUGUGGAGGACAUUCUUUGAGGAUCCUUUGAAGGAGCUACAGAGCUCUACAUUUUUGACCUACAGUAGUGUUAUCCACGUUGUAAUCAUGUAAGUAUCUGGACUCAGGCCGCCACAGCAGGCCAAGUUCUCAAAAUAUCAAAAGCCGCAUCGCAAUUCAAGUGUCUCCAAUUGCAUGUACCAUAUUUAGUUUUUCAAGAUUGUGCUCCUUCGACUGAGAUGCGGAGGCAUCCGGAAGCAAGGACUCUGGCUCACCAAGCAUUCACACUUCUACUGUGUCCCUCCCCCAAUUGAUGAUGUACUUUGCCACCAUAUUUAAGAAGGGUUGUAUUGGAGGAAUCGUUUUAGUGAAGCAUAUCUUCACAUCCACGCUUGAUGAAACCUAGCAUGAAAAUUGCAGCUCAAGGUUGUGCGCAACGAACUAGUAGAGAACGAUGGGAAUGCAAUUAUACAUGUACAAUU